AUGAAUGUGUUAAACCUUUUAGUAGCAGCAGAUGAAUUAGAUUUACAAAAUUUGAUAGAAUAUGUACAAUCAUAUUUAUUUGAUAAAAAAAUUGGAUUCUUAACGGAUAAUUAUUUAGAAAUUCUUAAGAUUGUAUUUCGUCAUGAAGAACUUUCAAAGUUAAGAGAAUUUUGUUUGAAUCGCGUUGCAGAAGACCCGGGCGUGCUAUUUAGAUCGCCAAAUUUUUACACGUUAGAUAAAUCACUUUUAUAUUUAAUACUUCAACAAGAAAAUCUCGCUAUAGAUGAAAUGGAAAUAUGUAAAUCCGUGAUUCAAUGGGCUAUCACUCAAUCCUCGAUGAUUAUAAAUAUAGAAGAUAUUUUAGAGUUGUCAUCUGAAGAUUUAAGUGUUAUAAAAAAAACAUUACAUGAAUUUAUCCCAUUAAUUAGAUGGUUUCAAAUUUCAAAAGAAGACUUUUCAAAAUUUCAAAAAUUAUUUGAAAUUAUUUUACCACCAGAACUUUAUGAAAAUAUUAAAAAAUUUAAUUCUAAAAAAGAAAUUGAAAAUAAAUCAUUAAUUUUGCCACCAAGAAUUCCUCAUAUAGAUUCAAAACUUUUAGAAGUAGAACAUUUUGCAAUGAUUUCAAAUUGGAUAGAUAGACAUAAUACACAAAUUUACAAGACACAAUUUCCUUAUAAAUUUAAAUUAUUAUAUAGAGCAAGUGAGGAUGGAUUCGAUGUUGAAAAUUUUCAUAUAUUAUGCGAUAAAAAGGGACCAACCGUAACUAUCUCAAAAUUUGCAAAAACCGGAAAAAUAAUCGGUGGUUAUAACCCAUUAGAUUGGAGACCACAAAACGAAACUAUAGAAAAUACAUCAAUACUUGAUUAUCAUAGUUGUACCGCCGAAACAAACGUUAAUCCUGAAGCGAAUUCUGAAUCGAACGAUUCUGUCUCUUACACAUUAGACAAUUUGGAAGUAGGAAGCUUAAUUGGAAACAUGCAAGAAUCUAUCACUUUAGAUGUUGAAUCGUCAAUUAAAAACAAUGCUUCAGGAAAUACUUCAAUCAAUCGUACACCAACUAUAAAACUGGAUAAAGAUAACAUAACUCAAAUUGGCAAUAUUGAAAGAAAAAAUGAUGA